AUGAGAAACCACACAACCGUGACCACAUUUAUUCUUCUUGGACUGACAAAUGAUCCACAAUUACAGGUGGUAAUUUUUGUUCUUCUUCUCUUCACAUACAUGACAAGUGUUGCUGGAAACCUAACUAUCAUCACACUCACCCUACUGGAUUCACACCUAAAGACACCAAUGUAUUUUUUUCUUCGAAAUUUCUCAGUUUUAGAAAUCACAUUUACAACUGUCUGCAUCCCCAGAUUUCUUGUCAGUAUGGUAACUGGUAACAGGACCAUUUCUUAUAACAGUUGUAUAGCACAGUUGUUUUUUACUAUUCUCUUGGGUGCAACUGAAUUUUUUCUUUUAGCUGCCAUGUCCUAUGACCGCUAUGUAGCCAUCUGUAAACCCCUUCAUUACAUGACCAUAAUGAAUACCAGAGUCUGCAACAUGUUGAUUUUUGCUUCCUUGUUAUCUGGUUUCCUAAUAAUAUUUCCACCACUCACUUUAGCUCUCAAGCUUGAUUACUGUGGCAAUGAGAUGGACCAUUUCUUCUGUGAUGCUUCCCCUCUGUUACAGCUCUCUUGCACAGACACAACAACAAUAGAACUAAUGGCACUUUUAUCAGCUAUUCUGACACUACUGGUUACACUGGUGUUAGUGGUACUCUCCUACACAAAGAUCAUUAAAACCAUUCUAAAGAUUCCUUCUUCUCAACAGAGGAAGAAAGCCUUUUCUACAUGUUCUUCUCACAUGGUGGUUGUGUCUAUUUCUUAUGGCAGCUGCAUCUUCAUGUAUGUAAAACCCUCUGCCAAGGAAAGGGUGUCUUUAAAUAAAGGGAUAGCUCUGUUAAUUACUUCUGUGGCUCCUAUGAUGAAUCCCUUCAUUUAUACAUUGAGAAAUAAACAAGUAAAAGAUGCUUUUAAGAAUGUAAUAAAAAAGAUGAAUAUUUUGUAA